AAUGUCUAGUGAAGCAGAAGCUGUUCCUAACUAUGAGGAAAUGUUUGCUCAUCGUUUCACUGCAGCUGACAAAGAGUAUCAGGAGGUGUUGAAGUCACCAGCAGAUCCACCGCCGAUUGUAGAGGACUGGAAAAUCCGGACUGGUAGUAAUCGCAGGUCACGAGAUUUUCAACCAUACAGAAGACAGGAUGACAAUCGCAACUGGUCCACUAACCGUCAGUGGCAUGGGAGAGUCCAUGGGUACAGUCACUCUCCAGUUCACCACCAAAGGCCAUAUGAAUCUUAUAGUCAAGGCUCUAAUUCACAAUGGCAAUCCAACCACCAUCGCUACUGAGUCCAAGCUACAAAUCCAGUCACCCUGCUGUGUAUAGCACCACACUAACUGACAGCAGCUAGGGAAACAGAUUCUAAUUUUAGAGAGGUGUCUUGUUUUCAUAUUUCUUGCUAUUGGUUGCAUUGGUAGUUUGGAGGGUUGUGGAGGUAGGUAAUUGAGCAUGUAAAUCUCACCCAGAACUGCCUAGACAUGCUUUUGUGAUUCAUGGAAUAAUGUUGAAAUGUUGCCCAGCCUGAGGAGAAAAACUGCAGGUUAGGUAACAGGGUGUUUCUCUGACCAUGACUAGAGAAUGGUGUAGGGACAAACGUGGGCAAAGAGAAUGAGUAUCUACAAGAAUUAAUUUUAACAUCCAUUUUAUUUUCUCUUGAUCUAUUUAACUUGUUAGUGUUUAGGAACUGACUCAGCAGUUUUGAAAUAACAGAAUUUUCCUUGGGCAAGAUUCUGUGACGAAACAAGAUUGGGUAUCCUCCCUCAGUCAGUUUUCGCUCAUUCAGUUACCUCACCACUGAGACUAGUGGUUACCCCAAAAAAAGAUAUCAGCUCCUUUGUACUUCACAGAGCUGUUCAGCCAGUGAUAUGGCACUGUGAGGAGAAACAGAGAGAAUUGAAUCGAAGCAAGAAUUAACUGUGUCUAGUUUGUAUAUAAUUGUAAUUGUAAUUAGAGACUGAAUGAAGUGAGAGGAAAAUGCCUGACAGUUUAAAAAUGUAAACCCCUCUUCAAAUCAACAUUGACCUCAGUUACUUGUAUUGAAAAUUUAGUUGCUGUGUUUGGUUUUUGACAGAAAUGUUUGGACUGUUUGGAACUCUGGGUAAUUUCUAGAUACAUAGUCAUUAAAAUUACAGAAGUUUUCAGUGAAAGCAAUUUGUACCAUGAGCCUGUGCACAUUUUCUGAAACCUCCAUGGAGGGAAGGCAUGAUGAUGUAUAUAUGUGAAGCCUUGUUCUCUCAUACAUCAUCCCCUUCAAACACUGGCUUCUAGUUUGUUCCCUGCAACUACAAUUUUCUUACUUUCACAUGAUUAGUGUAUAGCUGAUUUUAGGAGUUUCUUUGUGUUGUAGACAAUGUAAUGUUAAUAUGUUUGAAACACAUAGCGAAAUGUAUUUGUAAUACUGACCUUGGCAGGCUGUGAUUGGUACGAGUGGGUCAGUGACUGUGAAAACACAGAAUAAUGACUCACUGAGAUUGACUUGUCAGGAGAUUUUAAAGAUCUUGAUGAGAUGCACUCCAAAUAAUGAGGCAAUACUUUGCCUCCCACCUAAAUGUGAGCAGAGGGCUGAUACAUAGCACAUGUUAACCAAUUCUUUCACUACCUAAUGGACAGUCAAACAGCAACCCUGGCACUCAUGCAGUUCAACAUCUCAUUUUGUGACCUGGCCAAUUUCUUUGAAGUUGGUGUUUGAAUUCAGUAUCCUUUCUAGUUGGUUUUACUGACCACUUUGCAUUUUACUCAAAGCAGUUUGUGAUUGAAGGCAGAUAUUAUAGCUCUUUGCGGUGGACUGACAAACUUUCUUUUUAAGUGUAAUUUUGAAAUUAUUUGUAAGGCAGGAGUAUGUUUUUCAUUUGCUUUCCAUUGUCACUGAGAAAGCUGUUCUAGUUGAGUGAAUUGGCAUUGUUUGGCAGGCUACAGGAGGUUCAAAGGACAGCAGUUGCUCACUGCUAAUAAUCGUAAUCUUUAAAUAGUUGUUAAUCAACCUCACUUUGUUUGUUGCUAAGGUUACUGGACUAUCCCAUUGGGCUGUGACACUGAUACUCUUUAAGAUAACAAUUCAGACAAUUUGACCAAGCAAAAUCACAGUGAGACAUUAGUUCUGCAAAUCAUCUGUAUUUCCAGGCAUGACCAUGAUGAGGUGUGUAGAGCUUGUUGAUUUUCCCCAACAAUUGUGAAACAACCACAUCCAUGACUGAAAUAAAACAGAGAAUCACAAAUGCUGAAUAUCUGAAACAAGAACAGAAAUUGCUGGCAAAACUCAGUCUGGCAGUAUCUGUGGAGAGAAGAAUAGUUAACAUUUUGAGUUCAGUGACUCUUCUUCAGCAUAGGCUGGGGCCUACCCUGGGCUUGUGUUGGUUAGUACCUCACUCCACAUUGACCCUCCAAGACCUGACAGAGACACUGGAAGACUAGUUUACACUGAAUAAUCCCUGUUAAUUGUUUCCAGGUUAUCAUAUGUAUUUUUGUACUCCUGUAUGUUUCAAGUAUGAUGAAAAAUAUAAAUAAACAGAUCCUGAGUCUA